GGACCUUGAAUGUUUUCACUAUCGGUCGGACCUGAUCUUACUGGUACUUCAAACACCUUCAGAAAUGGCGGUUACAUCAAUGGCAGCAGCCCUCGCUGCUUCUCUUCCUGCCCCGCAGGUUAUCCCUGCUCUCUCUGUGUCAGUAGCCGAAACCAUUCCAGCCACUAUGUCAGAUGCAAUAGAUAUAGACGCUGAGGUGCCGAUUUCCUGUGUAGAACUCGAAGGAUCGGUCGCUUCAAGCAUCAUGCAACAUGUUCGCGAAUCUUCUGCCCAUGGACUUCUACUAGGUCUUGAUUUAGAUGGAACGCUUGAGGUGACCAAUUCCUUCCCUAUGCCCAACGGCGAUGAGGAAGAUAAGUCGACCAAGUCAGUCGUUCGGUACCAGAGUUCAAUGCUCCGGUCACUUAAAGAAGUUGGGGCCAAUGACAAUGUUGUUGGGUUUUACCAAGCCAUGUCGCUUGGCGUAUAUUUGAGUCAACAUAUGAUUGAUAUUCAGGUCGUACAUCAGGAAAAGCUAAGACAUGGGGGAAUCGCUAUUAUUUUAGAUUUAUCACGGAUGGGCAAAGGGGGCCUAUCUUUUCGUGCGUUCAAGCUUAACGCAUCGUUCAUGAAUGCGCAGAGGAAAAAUAAUUUUGGCAAUGCAAGCAUCAUUAAUCAUAAAUUGACAUUUUCCUCCGUUCUGGAAGAAAUCCCGCUCAGGCUCCGCACACGUGCUAUUCAAAAAUCCUUUUUUGAUGUCGUUAUCCCUACGACCCUUCCUGCUACACCGAACAUAUCUGCAAAGUCUUCAGCUGUCCUUUCGCAUUGUGCGCUUGAUUUGGGCGCUGCCGGGGCCAUGGUCAACUUUGAAGCAGCUAUCGAAGUUAUGGACAACUUCCGCACUGAGGAGGGUAAUGUAGCGUACCUCUCCCGUCAGAUUGCUCGUGAAAAAGCUCGUUCUGAGAGCUACCUUGCGAAACGUAGAGAGGAGAAUGUUGCCCGCGUAGCCCAAGGUUUAGUUCCACAUCCAGAAGAGGAUGUCAACAGGCUAUUCAAAGUUACGUCAGAGCCAAGCAAGCUUGCAAGCAUGCUUUUACUCGGGCAGGUGAAUGCUUAUGCGGAAAAUUUGGAAAGUAGUACUUGUUCAGGGCUUCUACAAAUAUUUUCAGCAAAAACUAAAUAUACAUAGCAUCACAGUUGUUUUUAUUUCCUGGUACAUUAGGUUACCAGGUUUAAUUUCACGAUUGUUAUUGUCACAGUAAACGGCACCAGAUAAAUAUCAAUGGUUUGAACGUAGUUACAUAUUCCACUAUAGUGAUAAUAACGUCU